GUCAGGAAAGGACAACAGGAACUGAGUGUUCUCAGCCGUCAAAGCGUUCUCCAGUCGGGGAAACAAACCCACUAUGUACUGGAUGUUCUUCACAGCAAUUUGUACAAACUAGCUCUUUUGGUGAAUGGAGGAACUCUUACCAUACGGAUAAGUUAUCAGAUUCGUUUCUUAGGAAAGUCAUUAUAAUCCUCCAGUCAGGUAGGUUUGAAUGCUUGCUAGCUAACGCCGGGGCUAGCGUCUAGUUAGCAAGCUUUAGCAAGCUAAUAGUACACUUAUUUAUCUGUGAAGACUGAAGACUUUGGUGAAAACAGACGGAAUAACCGAAAUGAGUCAACCAGCUACAAGGUGUCGACCAACUUAACCGGCUUUUAUAGCAGUUGUGUGUUGCAAUGAGGAGCACCAGCGUCCAGCUCUGAGAGCUCAGAGCCAUGAACUCGGUUUCCCCCAGCGCAGCGCAGUACGUGGGGGGAGUGAUGCAGGACGAACUGGUGGAGGGCCGGAGGCAGCAGCAGCAGCAGCAGCCCCCGGAGCAGCAGGGCAGCUUCAGUCUCAGGACGGCGACGACUCCAGAUCCCAGCAAAGAAGCAACCGGAGAACCGGAUGAGAUGGACAAACUGAAAGCCAAACUGAUGUCAGCGUGGAACAACGUCAAAUAUGGUUGGACUGUUAAAUCUAAAACCUCCUUCAACAAGAUAUCACCAGUCACCAUCCUGGGACACUCUUAUCUGCUCAACAGUGAAGACGAGGUGGAGCGAUUCCGUCUGGCUUUUGUGUCCAGGAUUUGGCUGACCUACAGGAGGGAGUUUCCUCAGCUGGAGGGCUCCACCUGGACGACAGACUGCGGCUGGGGCUGCAUGCUGCGCAGCGGACAGAUGCUGCUGGCACAAGGCCUCCUGGUCCAUUUGAUGCCCAGAGACUGGACUUGGCCAGAUGCUCAUCAGCUAACCGAUGUGGACUUUGAGGUGUUCCGACCGCGCUCCCCAGCCCGGGCUGGAGGGGUCCCCAUCCCCUCUUUUGGCUCUCCACGAGGACCCAGUACCCCCGAAAAGACUCUGCCAAGUGAUCAGGCCCCUAAAUGCAGCCAGAAGAAGAGGCCUGAGUGUGCAAGGGACAGACAGGCAGAGCCCAUCCACCACAAGCUGCUCACCUGGUUCGGGGAUCAACCUCCAGCACCCUUCGGGGUUCACCAGCUGGUGGGAAUCGGCAAAAGUUCAGGGAAGAAAGCUGGCGACUGGUACGGCCCCUCUAUAGUGGCACAUAUACUACGGAAAGCAGUGGCUAAAACGUCUGUGCUCCACAACCUGGCUGUAUAUGUGGCUCAGGACUGUACAGUGUACAAGGAGGAUGUGGUGCGUCUGUGUGAUCUGUCACUAAGCCACAAUCCCCCCGAUCCGUCCAGCCAAGCCUGGAAGUCCGUCAUCAUACUGGUGCCUGUCCGGCUGGGAGGGGAAGCCCUGAACCCGUCUUACAUCGAAUGUGUCAAGAACAUCCUAAAGCUGGAAUGUUGUAUUGGAAUCAUCGGAGGGAAACCGAAGCAUUCGCUGUACUUCAUCGGCUUCCAGGACGAGCAGCUGCUGUAUCUGGACCCUCACUUCUGCCAACCUGUGGUGGACGUCACACAAGUCAACUUCUCACUAGAGUCCUUCCACUGUAGCUCUCCCAAAAAGAUGCCCUUCAACCGUAUGGAUCCCAGCUGCACCAUCGGCUUCUACGCCAACAACAAGAAGGACUUUGAGUCUCUGUGUUCGGCUGUUAGUGUGGCUCUGUCAUCAUCUAAGGAGAAGUACCCCAUCUUUACUUUCGUAGAGGGCCAGAGUCAGGACUAUGGUCUAGAGGGUCACAGCAGUAAUCACAGUGGACCUGUAGCCCACAUCCUGCCCCCGGGCAGACUGAGCAGGAGUAACAACAGAAGAAACAGUGAUGAGUUUGUCUUCCUGUAAGCCACUGAGGAGGACGUUGUCUCAGCUCUCACCUGUAGGGGGCAGAAGAGGACACUUAAUUUCCUUUUCAAAGGGAAGAACUUGACUCUGCUGAUGGUGGGCGUGAUGCUUUUGUGCUUUCCUGGUCAACUGAAAUAAAAACUGUGUGUCUUCUAUCAUCACCUCUGUGUGGACCAACGUGGGUAUUAUAAGCUAGCAGGCGUUGAUGGGUCCUGGCUGGAUCAUGUUCAGAAACAUUUAAAGUACUCGAAGUAUUCUUGGUUCACUUUUUCAGACAUUUAUAAGACCCCAAAGUCAGACAUCAACUGCUUUACGUUCUACCCAACUACUGUGUUUCCUCCUGGUUUGAACUGGACACACUGAAGCCGAUUUGUGGUCUUGAUUCUAUUUAACGAGCUCACUUGUCAGGGACGAGCCUGAUGUUGUUCUCUGUGAUGGAGAAGACUUGUAAUAUACACCAUCUGCUGUACAUCUUUAUAUUUUUCUUUCUCUGGAUUUAUUUAUCAGGUUUAUGAAUGUGUGUUUGCGUGUGAGUGAGCGUGGGGUUUGUGUAGUUCACUUGUUUUGACUUUAAUACGUGUACAGGUGUAUUUAAUAAGUGUACAGGUGUGUUUAGGAGUCUGUCACACUGCAUCCCAUCGAGGUUUUCAAAUUCUUCUAAGAGCAUCUUGAACAGCUCUAAGUUCACUCUGGUGUUGCAGUCACGCACAUGACCAGAUCCUUGAUCUCUCACAUGCUUUUGCUCUCCAUUAUUCACCAUAAAAAAUAUGCAACACUCCCAGAAAUCUGCUGUUACAAUGUUCCUGGUGCUCAGUGAGUGACUUCAGAUGGCCGGCCGGCGGUGAAGAGAAGUUCUUGCUUCAGCUGGAGAUCGAUGUGGAUCUCCGCCUGCUAACCUGAGACUCACAGAGCAGAAUAGUUGAGUUAUCUGAAUAAAUUUAUAGAGUAAAACCAAGGACGGUGUUCUUAAUUUCAGUCCAUGUUCUCGGUUUUAUGCAGCAAAGUUUUACAGUUAACUUCAUGAAACAGGCCUGAGCUGGAUGGAGUUUUGGCUUCUGUUGCGAUGUCUUUGUGUUUUGUUUGUGUCUUUUUUUACGUGAACGCUACUACUGCAAGUUGCACUACUGAUGUUAUUUGGUUUGUUGUCCUGAUUAAACUUCAAACACUGGAAUCACA